UCGCAAUUUCUUUCCCUUGGAAAAUUUCUGCCUAAUAAAAAUCAUGUCAAAAUACGCUUUUCGUGCUCAUAACAUAGUACAGUAAGCAGUGAGUAGAGAGUACUCAACCCUCACCUUCUAUAUAAACCCACUCUCGUUCAUCUCCUGCUCAACCAAAACCUCCAUAUAAACAACAGCCAAACACUGCCUAAGGAAAGGAGAAAAGAAAAAGAAAAAGAAAGAAACUUUUUAUUUUUAUAUACAUAUCAUUAAUCAUCAAUCACGGGAGAGUGAAGUUAUACAUGAUGAUGAAUGGCCAAAAAAUGCCGCCACCAGCGGAAGUGGCUGUGCAGCUAGCGGAAUCCAAAGUGGCCGCGACGGAGAACAGUGGCACAAUGAGUGGGCCACUGAUUGGGGCGGCGAGGCCUUUUGAUCGGAAAGCUGAAGUCAUGCACGUCACACUUAGGUUCUUGUGCAUGGCUACCUCUGUAGCAGCUCUGUCUUUCAUGGUCACAGCCCAUCAGUCUAGCACUAUCUCCAUUUAUGGGUUUAUGCUUCCCAUUCACUCCAAGUGGUCCUUCUCUCACUCUUUCGAGUAUCUAGUUGGAGUGUCAGCAGCAGUAGCUGCACAUUGCUUGCUGCAACUGCUAAUUAGCGUGUCAAGAUUGCUUAGAAAAUCUCCAAUCAUUCCAUCAACAAGUCAUGCUUGGCUUAUUUUUGCAGGAGAUCAGGUGUUUGCCUACGCAAUGAUUAGUGCUGGGGCAGCUGCAUCCGGGGUCAGCAACCUGAAUCGGACAGGAAUCCAACAUACAGCUUUGCCGAAUUUCUGCAAGUCUAUACAUUACUUCUGCAAUCAUGUUGCUGCGUCUAUCGCCUUCACUUUCUUCAGCAGCUUAUUGCUCGCUGUGUUGGCUGUUCAGGAGGUUAUCUGGCUCUCCAAGUCUAAGUCCUGAAGGGGGAAAUUUCAUUUGCCUGCAAUGCUUAAUGUCUGUGUUGUGUCAGUACACUUAUAGGAAUUAUAUGUAUGCUGUGUCUAGUUGCAGAUAUUACUUUCUUAAUGGAAAUUUUUGUAGUUAACUAAUUACUAUGUUUAAAUUGCCUUUGUAAAGAGCAUGUUUGAGAAUGCAAUUGAAAGGACUAAAGCUUGAUUAGCUAUACA